AUUAAGUAAUGUGGGUAUCCAUGAGUUUAUAAAUCCUUUAACAAAAUUUGAUUUGUUUAAAGGAUUGUCCUUAUAUAUGUGUUUGAUUCAAAAAUGAUGAUACAUGAUUUUCUACAAAAUUUUAAUUUGAUAAGAGAAUCAAGUAUUUAAUUUAAUUAUCAUGGGUUAUGAAACUUUAAUUGCUUUUGAAGGAUCUUGUGGAUUAAUAUAUUUUAAAUUGUUAGUUUUAUGUUUUGAUGAUGGCUUGGAUUGUUGAUGGGAUUUUAUGUAUUGUUACAUGUGUGGAAAUAUCAAGUGGAUGGUGGGAUAGGAGAUUUGGUUUUAUUUGUUUUAUUUUAGUAAAAGGUAAAUUUGGUUUUGGUUAGAUAUAUUUUGGUAUGGAGAUUUAAAAAGGAUUAAAUAAUUUACAUAAAAAAAAAUAUAUAUAAAUAUAAUAAAAAUAAUUUAAGUAGCAGGAAUUUUCGGACAGCAGCUGCUGCCUCGGUAGUGGCGCCCUGAUCCGAGUAUCGGGUGUGUUUCGUUGUGGUUUUAUUUAACCGAUGCGUUUUUUUAAAACUCGUAAAACGCUUAAAAUAAUUAAAAAUAGUAAUCGGAUGCUAGAAAUUAUGAAAUUUGGUACCCAAGAUAAUUGAUGCGUUCCGGACGCAACGGUGAAGUCGGAUUUUUAAUUUGAAUUUUCUAAACUGUCCGAUUUGGCCAUAAAAGUUUCUGGUCAGAAUGGGAAUUUUGGAGCGAUCAUGAAUUGGAUGAAAACAUUUGAAAUUAUCAAGUCUUUGUGAUAUUUUAGUAGUAUGGAGUGGAUUGUUUGUGUAAACCCGUUAUUAAACGUGGUCGUUUUGUGUGUUUGUUAAUUAGGACCUCGAUUCAUAAGAGGGUGAAAUUCUUGUCGUGCGUAAACGUCGUUUGGAUUUGCUGUGCUUAAAGGAAUAUGAAUUUGGGAAAGACACCUAUGGACACACACACCCCUAGUGGAUCGAGAGAGGUACCGAUGUUCGACUAUGAAACUGCUUGGAUAGAAGUCUCCAACGCUGACAUAUGGAAAAUAAGGAGUGGCGAAAGUAUCCAAGACUAUAGGGAGAGGAUGCUUAUGGUCAGGGAAAAAGCCAAUAGUAUGUUACGAUUUAGAUUUGGACCUAAAUAGGUUACAUCGUUUGUCUGAAUCUAGGAAGAGUGUAGCACCUGAGAGGAAGGGCGAGUCUCCAGUAUCGGGCGGCACCAAUGUGACCACGGAACCGUUAAGAGAGCGGAUUCUUCUUGAUUCCCCACAGGUGGAAACUGAGGCUCAGGAAGAGAGUGAUAUCGAGAUGUGGGAGCCUAGUCGUGAACCGCCUACUUAUAUAGAAAUUUCCGGCGAUGAUGACGAGAGGGAGAACUGGGGAUCGCAUUACGACUUAUAUGGCUUUGAGGUUGGGUUUGAUAGGGGGUGGUCUGAUGAGGAAGAUCCUGAAGAGGACGUAGAGGAUGUACCAUUAAGCAGCCCCAGUGAUAGUGGUAGUGAAUCAGAUGGAUCGUAUUCAGACUCCAGCUCUGAUUCUGGAGAAGACGAGGAUGAUGAGGACUUCGAUAUAGCAAGUUACGAUGAGGGUGUUGACACUUGGGAUGCUUGGCGCUAGAUGUUCUAUACCUUUUUAUUUUGUUUUCGCAUCUUUCUUUGAGAUAUUUGAAGUUGUAUCUUUUUAAUCAAAUAAGUGAUAAGGUAAU